UAGCUUGCGUUCAUUCAUAUGGGUGCAGUGGUUAAAUAGCUGAUCAAAGGUCGAAUAGUUACAAUGAUCAGAGGCUGUUUUUAAUGGGAGCACCUUAAAAUAGAGUGUUCGUACAUUGCAAGUGUGAAAAGAUUCUAAGUGUAGUCCUUGCAUCUCCAAUCCUUUUUACCCUUCCCUCCCCCUUUCCCACUCCCCCCCAAAAAGGGAAGCUUGCAGCAGAUUGUAGAAGGAUUUGAGUCUGCAGCUAGAGAGAAGGGGAUUAGGGCCAGAGCGGUGCAAGUUAAAUUGUGCUGCAUAUAAAAAAUGGGCGGAUUGGUCUUCAGCUCCAGAAGCUGGUACCACCUUCCUUUCUAAAAUAAAAUCUCUCUGGCAUGAAGUCACCGCCUAUUUCACAUCCGGUUUGCCCUGGGACGUAUUACUACUGUCUUGGUAAAGAGAAAUCUUUUGUUGUAUAGCUGCAGAUUGGAUAUUGGGAAGCAAAUUUGGGUGUGAAAUCUUCAGCAAAGGAGCACGCAGAGUCCAUGAUGGCUCAGACCGAGUGAGUGAGAGGCAGAGCGAGGACGCCCCUCAGCUCCAGGCGCGCCCGGACUCGCAGACUCGCGCCGGCUCCAGUCUCUCCACGAUUUUCUCUCGCAGACUUUUACCCGGUCUUGAGCGAUCCUGUGCCCAGAGGGGGCCCGAGCUGCUCAAGCCCGCGAUGAAGAAAAGUCUUGGUCUCUCUGACUAUCUUUGGGCCUGGACCCUCCUUCUGAGCACAUUGACUGGAAGAAGUUCUGGACAGCCCUCAUUACAAGAUGAACUUAAAGAUAAUACCACGGUAUUCACCAGGAUUUUGGACAGACUCCUAGAUGGUUAUGAUAAUCGUCUCAGACCAGGAUUGGGAGAGCGUGUAACCGAGGUGAAGACUGACAUCUUCGUCACCAGUUUUGGACCUGUUUCAGACCAUGAUAUGGAAUAUACAAUAGAUGUAUUUUUCCGUCAAAGCUGGAAAGAUGAAAGGUUAAAAUUUAAAGGACCCAUGACGGUCCUCCGAUUAAACAACCUAAUGGCAAGUAAAAUCUGGACUCCAGAUACCUUUUUUCACAACGGAAAGAAGUCAGUGGCUCACAACAUGACCAUGCCCAAUAAACUUUUGCGGAUCACAGAAGAUGGCACUUUGUUGUACACCAUGAGGCUGACGGUGAGAGCUGAAUGCCCAAUGCAUUUAGAGGACUUCCCUAUGGAUGCUCAUGCCUGCCCACUAAAAUUUGGAAGCUAUGCUUAUACAAGAGCAGAAGUAGUUUAUGAGUGGACCAGAGAGCCAGCACGUUCAGUGGUUGUGGCAGAGGAUGGGUCACGCCUAAAUCAGUAUGAUCUUCUUGGACAAACAGUUGACUCAGGAAUUGUUCAGUCCAGUACCGGAGAAUAUGUUGUUAUGACCACUCAUUUCCACUUGAAGAGGAAGAUUGGCUACUUUGUUAUUCAAACAUACCUGCCAUGCAUAAUGACAGUUAUUCUUUCUCAAGUCUCCUUCUGGCUCAACAGAGAGUCAGUACCAGCAAGAACUGUCUUUGGAGUAACAACUGUGCUCACAAUGACAACUUUGAGUAUCAGUGCCAGAAAUUCCCUCCCUAAAGUGGCUUAUGCAACAGCUAUGGAUUGGUUUAUUGCAGUGUGUUAUGCCUUUGUGUUCUCAGCUCUGAUUGAGUUUGCCACAGUAAACUAUUUUACCAAGAGAGGUUAUGCAUGGGAUGGCAAAAGUGUGGUUCCAGAAAAGCCAAAGAAAGUGAAGGAUCCUCUCAUUAAGAAAAACAACACUUAUGCUCCAACAGCAACCAGCUACACCCCUAAUUUGGCCAGGGGUGACCCAGGUUUAGCCACCAUUGCUAAAAGUGCAACCAUAGAACCAAAAGAAGUCAAGCCUGAAACGAAACCACCAGAACCCAAGAAAACCUUUAACAGUGUCAGCAAAAUUGACCGACUUUCAAGAAUAGCCUUUCCGCUGCUCUUCGGAAUCUUUAACUUAGUCUAUUGGGCUACCUAUUUAAAUAGAGAGCCUCAGCUAAAAGCUCCCACACCACAUCAGUAGGUCCUUCUAGUCACAUUCUGUUGUUCAUUCCUCUGCACUGGGAAUUGCUUUCUGUUCUCAGUGCAGUAAUUCCUAUCUGCUUUAUUGCCUCUGUCUUAAAGAAUUGGAAGGUUUCCCUAUUUCUAUAAUUCAUAAAAGAAUAAGAGACCCCUGUCUGACAGUCCAGAACAGUGCAUAGAACACAGUUUGGAGACAGGAUUCUAAAAGGGGAAGCAAGAAAGCAAAACAUCAAAAGGAGACAGAAUGAGAGAAAAGGAAGAGGGAGAAGGUCCAAAGAUAAGAAGAAAAGUAGAA